AUGUCCAACGCUGAUAACGGCACCGCCGAUGGCGACGUGCCUCCCGAAGAGGUAAAAGUGGACAAAUGGGACGGAAAUGCUGUGAAGAACUCGUUGGACGACGCCGUGAAGAAGGUGUUGACGGACUCGGACCGCAAACUGGGAUACACUGAGAACCACGUGUUGGUCGACACCCGGCUNGAAGAGGUAAAAGUGGACAAAUGGGACGGAAAUGCUGUGAAGAACUCGUUGGACGACGCCGUGAAGAAGGUGUUGACGGACUCGGACCGCAAACUGGGAUACACUGAGAACCACGUGUUGGUCGACACCCGGCUCGGCAUAUGCCUGACGGCGGUGGGCGCCGCCAUGUUUGCCCUCGUCUGGGAUUACCUCAACCCCUUCCCACUCUCCAAACCGGUGCUCAUCCUGUGUGUCGUCUCGUACUUCAUACUCAUGUCUAUUCUCACCGUUUAUACCACUUUUGUCGAGAAGGGUAUCUUCUUGAGGGCCACCCAGUCCGACCCCACCGGCGUCGACAAGCCUAAGGUAUGA